AUGUCUCAACGGACCGUCUACGGUUCUGCUUCUCCGCCGCGCACUCCUCCUGCCCAAACCACCAAGUUUCGACCCAAACGUGGCUAUCCUGCCCGCCCGUCGAUUCGCGAUGCCUUUCCCGAUGCCGGCCUAAAUGACAAUGCGCCAAGAACCAGCGAGUCGGGCGAUGAGCGGGACCCGCACGACUUGUCGUUGUCGCCCAAGCAUGCCGCCCGCACUUCCAUCGUAGACAACAUGCUGCUGUCUCUGGACCAAUUCGACGGACCCGGCUCCUCCAUCUUGGAUGACUAUCGACUCUUCAACUCUGCCUUUGACACGGACCAACAAGGCCGAUACCGUGGCCAUACGUUUUCCUCCUCAAUGUCGUCGGAUGCAGACUUUGGAUACGACGACAGCAGCAGUCGCUAUGCCACCGUGGCCGCCGGUGGUCGGCGGAGCAACAACAGUUCGAUCCACCAGACCGCUCCCCGAAGAAUGAGCAGUGCUCGAGGGCCAGAAUCCUCCAUGGGUUCCCGAGGGACCAUGGGCUCCCGAGCAAAUGAUGUACGCCAGGGCAGCAAGGGCAGCUUCUCCAAUGGCGAUUAUACCUAUUCCACGCAUAGAGGCCGUGCAGACUCGGAUGGCCCGUAUCGGCGCUCAGAAAGUUUCGAUUGUGGGCCCAAGAAGGCGUACAAUCCUUAUGCGGAUCACAGCCUGGGCCAGGACUCGACCUUGUACGACGAUGACGCGGCACCAACACCCAGCAUUCCCGCCGGCCCCCGCAAGCUCUAUGAUUACAAGAUUCCACAUGCCACGGCGUCCCGUACGCCGGGUACGUCACGACGGAACAGCAUCAAAGCUUCCAGUGCUGCGUCAGCCCGGCGAAACCGGACCGAGAAUAUCGGGACUGGCUCCCUGAAGCCUCGGGACCUCGACUACCUGGGUGACACGGACCUGGACUCUCUACCGAACAAUCCAGCAGUCUUGGACCCCCCAGCUCCCAGCCCAACCAUCUCUUACAAUAAACCCGCCUUCUCUCCGAUGGAACCAACCCUUCCGAGCGCGAUACCAGCUGUGCCACCAACCCAGAACGGGCCUACUGUACAGAAGGAGAGGCCAGGCUUCUUCCGCCGUGUCUUUGGUGCAUCCUCAAGAGCAUUCUCACCAGCAGAGGUCCCCAGCCCCACCAUGAGCGACGUUGCACGCCGUCAAGAGCCUGAGGAUAAGACCUCUUCGAGUUCAAACAUUGCGUCAAGGACACGGGAGGCUCAGCAAACGCGCUCGUCUCAGCCCCAGCAGCAGCCACCGCCACCUCCUAGGAGUGCAGUGGCGGCGCCGUCGGCCUCUGGUGCUCGUAAAAAUCCCCCUCAAGUAAUCAGACAAAAGUCCUCCUUCUUUCGCCGGCGAAAGAAGUCUGUGGCUGAAAAUGUACCCCCACCGAUCAAGUUGCCUCAGGAGCUCUCGCCCCAUGCGUUGGAUAUGACAAAACCGCAGGCGAGUCCUGUGAGCAGCUUGCGUCAGAUCAUGAACCAGUACCUGGAUGAGCCCGGCUCGUCAGGGGAUAUGGAUCGACGAGGCCUUCGCAAAGAAGACGGCCAGCUGGUGGAGUCCAGGCCACUGGAUGCGCAGAAACCUCGAGAAAUUGCCUCGAUUCCGAGCGGCAGCGGCGGUAGCAGCAGUAGCACCGGCAGCACCUCCAAGCCCAAACUUCAUAUCGACCCCCAGAGUACUUCACAAGGUCCGGAUUCUCGCUUGUCAACUGCAACUGGUGUCGGUGCCAGUAGCGGCUCCCAAAAUGCAAGUGAUGUGGAGUCCUUCUGCUCCUCAGAUUCCCCCUUGCAGGAGAAGAACUCUAAUGCCAACCCCUCAACCACCCUGUCUCCCGUCCAAGAGCAUCCCUCUCGCACCACUCGCGUGUCAAGCAAAAUGGCACUGUCGACCACUACCCCUCAGACUGUGCCGGCGGGCACUGGGAGGCUGGCUCUGCCCUUGGACACUGCGAUUCCCGAGUCACCGGCUGCUUCGGACGUCUCGCAAUAUCUUACAGCUUCAAAUACGCCUAUCAUUGAGUCUGAGGAGCCUCAAAUUGUUGUCGAUGAUGAGAAGGUAGUUCACAACGAGGAUGUGGCCAACGGCCCCGGUGAUGCCCUGGAAGAUGGGCCGACGGUGCAGGACCGAGAACAAGCCCAGAAGUUAUUCGAUAGUCAAGACCAGAUGGUUGGCAAUAUCCCGGCGGCCGCCUGGCUGGGAGAGCCUGAUAAGGCCUUGGUCCGAGAGGCGUACAUGCGUCUGUUUAACUGGUCGAACAUGAAUAUUUUGGCAGCUCUGCGCAGUCUAUGCCAUCGUCUGAUUCUGAAGGGCGAGACUCAACAAGUCGACCGGGUUCUGGAUGCCUUUUCCUGUCGAUGGUGUGACUGUAAUCCGAGUCAUGGAUUCAAGGCUACUGACGUGGUUCACACCAUUUGCUACUCCCUCCUGUUACUGAACACCGAUCUCCACUUGGCGGACAUUGACCAGAAGAUGACUAAAUCCCAAUUCGUUCGCAAUACGAUGCCCACAAUCCACCGUGUGGCCAUGGAUGCAGUGCCUGCGGGAUUCGAAACCCUCCGACCCCAGAAGCCCAAGAAUACCCCAACAGUCGAGUCUGUCCUUUCACCUCUUGGGCCGGGCCGCUCGUCCAAUGUUCCUACGGAUUCGGCCUGUCCUACCUCAGAUGACUCCACCACCCGUCGCAGUGUGGCCGAAGCCGACUCUGGCCCACUGAUCAGCGCUCCAUUUAACGGUACCAUGCGAGCUUGGGAGCAGCAGGUCGAGACGGUGUUGAAAGACUUUUACAGUUCCAUUCAGCGCGAGAGGCUGCCUCUCUUUGGCGCCCAGCCCGAGAGAGAGGUCCAUCGCAUGGCAUCGAGCAAUUUCCUUGCCCCCUCGGCAGGCAAUCUUCGCCGCAGUCCGAGCACCAUCAGCAAAAGCGGCUCGGAUAUUUUCCCCCGUGGACGGUCUGCAGACUCGCGCCACGGUGCAGCACGUUGGUCCUCCAAGCCUCGAUCACGGGGAGCACGACUCUAUCCACCGUCCAUGAUGGGCUCUAGCCGAACCAGCUUGGAUGACCAGUCCUCCGUCUGGAGCCCCGCGGCGUCCAGCACCUGGAGCAAGUACUCGCUAGGCAAAUUCACCUCGGUGUCGGUGGAUUCAUUCGGCUCCGAGUACCCCCGAGGCGAGUAUCAGCAAUCCAUUGGCUUCGCGAACGCCUUGAGUCAAGCCAUCAUUCGGGAGGAUUCCGCGACUUCGGUUUACAGCUACGAGGAGCCAGUGACCCCUCUGCUGGAGGACGAGACCCUCGCGUUGGCAGGUGCGCCGUGGGCCAAAGAGGGUAGUGUCAAGCACAAGCAUCAUCUGGACGCCGUUGAUAAACGUGCCAAAGACCGCAAUUGGAAUGAAUGCUUUGCGGUUAUCCAGCAGGGCUGGAUGCGGCUCUUCUCAUUCAACAAUGCAUCCAAGACCCUGCGCCAGCGGACCAAACAGCGGGGUGGUGUGGUGGUUGGAGGCGGGAACUGGACGGAGAAUGCCGAGGAGAUUUGGAAAUUCAUGCUCCGUCAAACCAUUGCCAGUGCGUUGCCACCCCCAGGCUACUCCAAGUCACGUCCACACGUUUGGGCUCUCAGUCUCCCGACGGGCGCCGUCCAUCUGUUCCAGGUCGGCACGCCCGAGAUUGUCCGCGAGUUUGUGUCCACGGCAAAUUACUGGAGUGCUCGCCUCUCCAAAGAGCCUCUGGUGGGUGGUAUCAGUAACAUCGAGUAUGGCUGGAGCGACGCGGUCAUCAACAGCGCCCUCAUUCACGGCGAAAGUCGUUCACCACCUACCUCCUCCGGUGCCCCACGUCAGAGCAUUCAAAGUUCCAUCCGAAGCUCUCUGGACCACCAGGGUGUGGUGCGACCGAAGCUCCCUGCAGACCGCGUGAACAUCAGCGAUUGGAGUCCCCCGCAGCAGAGCAUGGUCGCCUCGCACCAGUCUGAAGAAGAGCAACUCAAGGCCCUGCAAGCGUACGUUCAAAAUGUGGAGGACGAUCUGCAACGACACAAUGAGCUUCGACCUGCUAUGAACCUGGCAUUCUCCCCGCGGCAUCCUAAUGCUACCAAGGCGAUGGCCAACUGGGAGCGCAAGUCGUCGUAUCUUCUGCGUGAAAUUGUCAAGUUCCGCACGUAUAUUGAUUCGCUUCGAAACGCCAUUGCAAAGAAAGCUGAGAUUUAUGCCUCCACGAACAACUAUUUCAAUCCGGCAGGUGACGAAGUAGAUGCGGACGUCGAGGAGCAUUCGGAAUCAGAGCCUCCUCUUCAAACUGUGACCAACUCCUCCGCUGGUGCUGGUGCUCCUGCUGACAAUUGA